UAUUACAAACCAUAUAUAUAACAAACAUUUUUCUUCUUUGUAUCAAGAAAAAAAAAAUGAAGAAACUACUACUACUCCUCCUUAAAGGUACAAUAAUUGUUGUGUUGAUGAAUAAUUUGCCAUCAAUAGGAGUGAUGGGUUAUGGACCAGUGUUGAUAAGAGGGGGAGUGAGAGAUUCUUGUUCACAAAUUGAGCUGCCUAAAACAGUUCAUGGUCCUGAGAGCAUUGCAUUUGAUUGCCAUGGCAAAGGACCUUAUGUUGGUGUUUCUGAUGGAAGAAUCUUCAAAUGGCAGCAAGAACACAGAUCUUGGACUCAGUUCGCGGUUACCUCCGCAACAAGGGACAAAAAAUUAUGUGAUGGGUUGACAAAUACAACCUUGGAACCGUUGUGUGGAAGGCCUUUAGGGCUCAAAUUCAACACUGUAACUUGUGAUCUGUACAUCGCCGACGCCUACUUUGGACUCGUGGUGGUCGGAGCUGCCGGCGGCGUGGCAAAACAGUUGGUCCAUUCUGCGGAUAAAGUUCCAUUGAAGUUCACAAAUGCUUUGGAUAUUAACACCCAAACUGGUGAAGUGUACUUCACAGAUAGCAGCAGUAUAUAUCAAAGAAGGUCAUAUUUGCCAAUAAUACUGACGGAUGAUUCAACUGGAAGAUUGUUAAAAUAUGAUCCAAGAACAAAACAAGUUCAUGUUGUGCUCAAUGGCUUAGCAUUCCCCAAUGGUGUUGCCCUAAGCAAGGACAACUCUUUCCUUCUCUUAGCUGUUUCAGACACAUUCAAGAUCUUGAAGAUUCACAUUAAUAAUAAUAAUAAUAAUAUUAAUAAUAAAAAUAAUAAGAAUAACCCUACUAAUAUCAAUAACAACAACUACUACUAUGUACAACAUUUUGCAACGCUUCCACGUUACUCUGAUAAUAUUAAGAGGAAUGAGAAAGGUGAGUUUUGGGUGGCACUUAAUAGUGGAAGGGGAAAGAUUCAAGGGUUAGUGAAAGAUCAUGAAAAUAUUAUUGGAGAAAAUGUAGUUGAUCCAUUAUCAGAAGAUCCUGUGGGGAUUAAAUUUGAUGAAGAGGGAAAUCUUAUUGAGGUCAUUGAUGGAGGGUUUGGUGACCAACUUGAUUCUGUUAGUGAAGUGGAAGAAUUUGGUGGGAAAUUGUGGUUGGGUUCUAAUGUGCAACCUUAUGUCGGAGUCAUAAACCCUACGCCGCUUUGACCGUGUUUGACGGUCGGAAAAAGAUAUAAAUACAGAAUUAUAAGAGUGAGUUUGGUUUGCAUUUUUAUUUUCUGUUUUUAUUUUUAGUAUUUUCUGUUGAUCAGAAUUUUGUAAAAGAAAAAAUAGAAAGUGAAAAUAGAAAAUUUAAUUUUAUUGUUUUUAUUAUUUUCUAUAUAUUUUUUGCUAAAUUCUGAUAACAGAAAAUACUAAAAAUAAAAACUGAAAAUAAAAACACAAACAGAGCACACUCUGAUAUUUUGUGAAAGAACAAGGAAAUAUGAAGAUAAUGUCUUGUAGAAAUGUGUAGGUUUUUUUUUCUUCUAUAAAUUUGUUUUCUCCAUUGAAUUUCAUGUAUUUUGUUUGAAGUAGUUUUGUUGGAAAAUUCUACUUCUUUAAUUUGUAAGCUGGAGACUGCAAUGGUCCACUUUGUAAUUCUCUUAUUAAAUGUAGUUCUAUCUUUGUUGUAAAAAAAUAUUGUUUUGUAACAUAUUUAGUUUCAGAUAUACCUUUGUGUUUUUUAUUUUUAUA